AUGGACACAGGUUCGGCAGACCGUCCGGUCAACAUAAUAUUCCGGUUCCCCUUCAAGCGCCCCGAGGCAUUCCCACAGCCCACGCUUGUAGCACCUGCACCUACGCCCUUGGACGAGCAAGUCUGGCGGUACCUGCUUACGGCGCCGCAAGGCCGGCCAUUGGAGAUUCUGGCGGAAAUCGAAGAGGACGAAGUGACAUUUGACUGGGGUCUGCUCGCCCACGACCUCAACGUACCGCUACAUAAGGUGCUUGCGGCGGCGGCAAUGCUAUUCGAGCGGCACACGGGGCGCAGCCUGAAAUUGGAAGACAGCGAAGUGCAGAUGAGCGCGCGGGCGGCGGCCGAACAGGCCAGCAGGAGCCCCGGGACGCCCGAUGCGCCCGAGGAGCCAUUGGCGGAUGCCGGGCUGCGUAGCGUCGAGUCCUUGGGCACGCGGACGCCGUCGCCGGCCGUCGGACUGAGCACCAGGACGCCUGAGGAGGACCGGAGCAUUGGGCAGCCCGAGGACCACUCGAUGAAAACGGCGCCGGCUGCUAGUGUGCGGAUGCGGUCGGUGGGCGGGCCGGCAGACCCGAAUGUCGCCGAGGUGCAGCUGGCGGAGGAGCCGUCGGAGGAAAAGGCGUCGUCGCUGGGGUCGUUCAGCGAUCUGUCGGACAGCUCGAUCACUGAGUCGGCGCUGCAGGACGCGCUGAUCUCCGAGGCCCUGAACGCCAGCACCGGCAUGUCGUCGAUGCUGCGCAGCCGCAUGUUCCCGUGGUCCAAGAAGAAAUAG